AUGUCGGGAAAAGCGGACACGACUUCUGAUAACGUAUUCAACGUGCGUGUCGCCAAACGGAGCGAAGACAUCCGCUAUUCUGUGAUGAUGUUCAACGGAAUGGACAAGGUGGACACGGCGAAAUGGACGAUGGAAAGUGGCGUCACAAUGGAAAGGGAAGAUAAUCGGGGAGUUGUGCUGGCGACGCAGACAGUACAAGAAUACGGAGAGGGCUCCGAGUACGGAAAGGCGGCACGUGAGGAGGCGCGGCGCAAGAAGUUCGGAAGACAAUCCAGGAGCUACCAUCUAGACAAUCAGCCGUGGCGGUUGGCAUUCACAGAGCCGGAAGGACGGCAGCGAGUGAUGAGAGGCAUUCGCGAGGGAGGAGCCAACGAGCACGCGGACUACUGGGUGUUCAUGAAGCCGCAGAACUCGAACGAGUUCAAGGCGUACAAAGUGGACGAGUGGCACAAGUUUCUGCCGGCGAUCACGCACAAAACACUCGACAUCGAUCAGGCGGAGGAGCAAUUCUCGCAGAGAAAUAAGGUUAUGAACCAAUUUGCACUCAAAGCGGCUAUCCAGAAUCAGCUGAAUGCGACGGACGAAGCGGAGCUCACAGAGCAGCAGAAACGACUUUUGAAGAUCAAGGACGAGGGAAGUUCGGACGAUUCGGACGACGGAGACGACGAGGGAGAAGGCGGAGACGACGGAAAGAAGCGGAAGAAGAAGAAGAAGAACACGAAGCCAGUGAAGGACAAGAGACAGCGAGUGGACAACGAAGAUGACGUUGCUAGUGAGUUGACAGUACAGAAGAAGAACCCUGGAUUGUUAUCGCUUUCAGAAUACGAGUCUUCCGACGGAGAGGAUGAGGGUAGAGAGUACGACUACAUUUCCGACAGUGGAACCGAUUCUGAGUUAGUCCUGCUUUCCGAAUAGCAUGUAAAAGUAUUUUCAUUUCAGCCGUGAGCAAGUUCCGUCCGACGAGAAGAUUGAGAAGCAGAUGGUCGGAGUGGCCGAAGAAGAGGGAGCACGCAAGCUUUUCGAGACGGACAGCAGCGAAUCGGACGACGAUCUCGCGAAGAAGCUUCUGAAACCGGAAGGAGACAAGAAGAAGAGCAACGACAUCGAGGAGAGGGACUCCUCAGGAUCUGACUCCGAAGAUCCGGACACUGAGAAAAUGGACUCCGUCGUUUUCCUUCCGAAGAAAGAGGCCAAAGAGGGCGAGAGUUCAAGCGGAAAGAAGCGCGUCGCGGUCGAGGACGGAGGGCUCAAGGACGACGAUCUGGGACCGAGUGAUCCGAAGAAGGCGAAGACGGGGGCCAAAUUGGAAGAGGGGCUGAACGAGGAAACCGUUCGCAGAUAUCUCCGUCGCAAGCCGCACACUACCAAGGUAUUCUUUCCGAUCUUCCGUGAUUCGAGAUUACUCAUUUCAGGAACUGCUGCACAAAAUGACUGGAAAAUGCGGCGACAUGAGCAAGUCCGAAAUGGUGACUCGUUUGGCCGCCAUUCUGAAGGCGAUCGAGCCGCAUCAGUCGAAGCAGCUGAAGGGAAAGAAGGAAGUGCUUUUCUUCUCGCUGACCAACACAGUCGCCUGA